CGAAGCCUGUCCUGCUGCUGAAAUCAGAUCUUCCGGCCCGAGGGAGUCAGGAAAUCAUAGAUACAGCUCCUAGUGCUGGGCUGAGCAUUCAGUUGGCUCAUUGAGCAUCUCAACCAGACCACACCCUCUCUCGCAGGGGACUGAGGAAGGCCUUCUGAGAACAAGUGCGACAGAAAACUGUUCUGAAGCUUCGGUUUCCACGGUGCUUUAGAAGACAUGGAGCACCGGAUAUUGUACUCGAUUUAAUCUGGCAACGAUGAAGCAAUCGGGGCUGUUCUGAGAGCGAAAGAAGCUUGGAGAAAAGUGCCCCCGUCGCCCCAGGGAAGACAGAGGAACUGCCACACACAAAUUAAUCCUUAAGUACUGCCCUCUUCCCAAGGGUGGAGAUGUCUGCCCAGAGGUUGACUUCUAACAGAACAUCCCUGCAGUCAGCUUCUAAUUCUGACUACACCUGGGAGUAUGAGUACUAUGAGAUUGGACCAGUUUCCUUUGAAGGACUGAAGGCUCAUAAAUAUUCCAUUGUGAUCGGAUUCUGGGUUGGUCUCGCCGUUUUUGUGAUUUUCAUGUUUUUUGUGCUGACUUUGCUGACGAAGACAGGCGCUCCACACCAAGACAAUGCAGAGUCGUCAGAGAAGAGGUUCAGAAUGAACAGCUUCGUGUCAGACUUUGGAAAGCCACCGGAGUCAGAUAAGGUGUUUUCUCGUCAGGGCAAUGAGGAGUCCAGGUCUCUCUUCCACUGUUAUAUCAACGAAGUGGAACACUUGGGCAGGGUGAAAGUCUGCCACCAGACAACAGCCAUCGACAGUGAUGUCCACCUCCAGGAAGCCAUCCGAAGCGGUGCGGGAGCUGAGGAGCAGCUGAGCAGGUUUAUGAAGUUUGACAUCCCCAACUUCGUAAACACGGACCAGAACUCCUCCUUUGGGGAAGAUGACCUUCUGAUUUCGGAACCACCUGUUCUUCUAGAAAAUAAGCCGGUUUCCCAGACCUCACGGGUAGACCUGGGCUGAGAAAUGGCGCUUUCCUGAGGAUGUGUUCUGUCUCUGUAUAGCAAGAAACCCCCACCCACUCCACACCCUGCCCUCCCGCCCGUGUGUGUGUGUGUGUGUGUGUGUGUGUGUGUGUGUGUGUGUGUAGAGGGGAGAGAAGAUAAUAUUUAAAGUUUAAGGCUUAGGCUAGGGCUGGGACUUAGUGAUAGCAAUGUAGAGUUUGGAGAUGGAAGACACUAUGUUUUUUGGAGGAUGGUGGUGACUUUGUUUUUUUCUUCUUGGAUUAAAAACACACAGUAUUAAAGUUUCUGUAUUGAAACUAUUGGCCACAUAUGCAGUCGAGCUCCUCUAGGUGAGGGUUAGACCACUGCAUUCUCAUCUAGCCCUUUGCCACCGUUCUUUGCCUGUGACAAACUGCUUUGCCUCUCUUUAAAGGACUGCCGUGGCUUUAAAGGUCAGGUGGCAUGUCUGCGGUAGCUGAACCAUCCCAGCUCUAGUAUUUUGUGACUUUCAGACUUAGCAUCCAACACGAGCUAAUGUAUAUAUAAGCAGUAGAAAAUAGAACACGGCAUCCUGGCUCUGAUGGCAGGCUCGCCAGGUCUUGGUACCCUCCCUCCACCCGGUCCUUCACUAAGUCAUAUUUUAGUUGGGGAACCUUGACCAGGAUGCCAGGAGACUCACACACACUGUGACAGUGUUUCUGCGGGGUUACGCUGAGGCAGUUUACCUGAGGAACUCCAUCUGUAUCUGCUUUAAAUCUGGGACAGCUCUGGCCCCAUGAAUGCCAGCCUAAAGUAUUUCACAAGCAUUUCAGCUCUAAAAAAAUGGUAGGGCAGAUUGUUAUUUGACUGAUGCGAGUCUCUUCUGGCUGUCCCUGUGGUUACGCUGCUGGAUUGUUUCGCUUCAGAACAAGACACUGUAUGCCAUGUGGUCUGUCUGCUUGGCAGGCGUGUAGGUGUUGACUGCCUGGCAUGGAACUGAGAUGGCCAGUGGGUUGUGUGUACAUUAACAGUUGUUCAGGGUGGGGGAGCAACAUGAUGUUCAUUUCACAAAGAAAUCCACCCUACUUUGCUGGUGUCGAAAACAACUCAGUUCUGCACAGUGAGUUGUAUGCAUGGCCAGCUGCUAAUCUUUGGGUGGUAUCGUCUUUACGUCCACCAUUUGUCUCGCUUCAGUUGCAAAAUAAAUGCAC